UCGUCGUCGGAGAGCGGGGCCCCCGACGCGGCCGAGGAGGACCCGGCGGCUGCCUUUCUGGCCCAGCAGGAGAGCGAGAUCGCAGGCAUCGAGAAUGACGAAGGCUUCGGGGCACCUGCCGCCAGCCAGGUGGCCUCCACUCAGCCCGGACCCGCCGGUGGGGCUGGCUCUGAGGACAUGGGGACCACGGUCAACGGAGACGUGUUUCAGGAGGCCAACGGGCCUGCUGACGGCUACGCAGCCAUCGCCCAGGCCGACAGCCUGCAAGAGCUGGAUGCCGCCGCUAAGGUGACAGAGCAGGAGUGGCGGGAGAAGGCCAAGAAGGACCUGGAGGAGUGGAACCAGCGCCAGAGUGAGCAGGUGGAGAAGAGCAAGAUCAAUAACCGGAUCGCUGACAAAGCAUUCUACCAGCAGCCAGAUGCCGACGUCAUUGGCUACGUCGCAUCUGAGGAGGCUUUCGUGAAGGAAUCCAAGGAGGAGACCCCUGGCACAGAGUGGGAGAAGGUGGCCCAGCUGUGUGACUUCAACCCCAAGAGCAGCAAGCAGUGCAAAGACGUGUCCCGCCUGCGCUCGGUGCUCAUGUCCCUGAAGCAGACGCCGCUGUCCCGCUAGGUGCCUGCCUAGGAUGGCCGCGAAGCAGGGCCAGGCCCAGGCAGAGGAGCGGCCGCUCUGGCCGGGUGGGAACAUCCUCCGGCAGCUGCCAGGCACAGCCUAUUCCGUUCCUCCCGUCCCCGAGGCUGGGAAGGGGGAUCCGCACCGUCUUGCCCUCACAGCCCUGGCCCUGUGGUCCAGCCCCUCACGCCUCUCUCAGUCCACUAGGUUGUGACUGUCCCUCCGAUGUAUUUUUUUCUUGGCUUAAAGGGUGUGUUGUUAACUCUUUUUACACUUA